AUGGCUUCAAGUGAUUCAACCAACACGGCUUCAAGUAACUCCAACGAUAUGACUUCAAGUGAUUCAAAAAACGUUUUGGCGACACAUGCUUCGAAAGAAAAACUUUUAAUUGCGGUUCUAAAAACAAAAUUGGAGGAAAUAGAAUUAAAAGAAUUACCAAAUAAAACUUCAGAUAAUUUAAAAACAUUUAAAGAAACACAAAAUAAAUAUCCACAUGAUCCAAAUAUCGUCAAAGUCGUUGCAGCUACUGAUAAAGAACUAAUAUUUUUAAAUUUUGUGAUAGAUUAUAUUGUAUCAGAUAAUUAA